CUGACGGCCUACAUGCGCCUGCCGAGCGCGCAGUACGCGCUGCUGGAUUUGCCCUACGGCGCGUCGCUCGAGCGGCUCGAGGGCGAGAAUUUCCUCCUCAAGGUGCCGACGGUCAAGUUCUUCUUCCUGAGCGUCGAGCCCAACGUCUUCGCGACGGUCGAGAGCCGCGAGGACAGCGUCGUCGUCAAGAGCGACCGCUGCACGCUGCUCGGGAGCGACGCGCUCAUCGAGCGCAUCGGCCUCAACGACGCGUUCGAGUUCGCCGUGACGGCGACGAUGACCUGGACCGACGGCGACGCGCGGAGCAUCGACUGCGACUGCACGCUCGCCGUCGACGUCGCGCCGCCGGGGCCCUUCCGCGCGAUGCCGCGCGGCCUGCUGCAGACGACGGGCAACGCGGUCAUGCGCGUCGCCACGGACCAGGUCCUCCGCGGCUUCCUCCGGACGCUCAUCCGCGACUACGACGCCUGGGGCUCC